GGCAGCCAUGGUCAGCGUCAAGUCCAUGGGAAGCAGCAAUUCCGGAAGCGACGAGAUCUCGCCGCCGCCCGUGCCGCUCAUCGACCAUAAGAAGUACUCGAGCAUGGUCCCACCAAGCCCUGCGGACAGCACUUUCAGCGUAGGGUCCACGUUCCUUAACAAUGCGACCAGCGCCAACACCGCUACUGCCGUGCGGGCCCAGGUUGUCAAGGUUGGUAGCAGCCUGAAACAAUCCUCAACUGCGAGCGUCAAGAGCUCUUCCGACGAAGAGAGAUCAGGGCUGCAGACACCAGUGACAAGCCCGCCACGGGAGGAGGACAGUCCUUUCCGGGACCCUCCGUCAGCAAGGCGCCUGAGCGGCCAUAGUAACCGGACCCUGAGCGCUGUCAUCGCAGAGGCCACGCAAAGGGCUUCACAUCGACCAAGCACGGCAGACCGGGCAAAGAGCCCGUUUGGAGACGAACAUGAGGCACAUGACGACAAGUGAGCCCUGAAAACGAGGGCCACUGCACCGACAUUUGCACGGGCAUACAGAUCCCCCUUUCGAAUUUUUAUUGUUAUUUCUUUUCUCUCUAUACCCUGAUGACCGGCAGCAGAUUGGGCAUCUUCCCCGUUGGAUGAUCCCAUAUGCAACCAUCUCCGAACCUGAUCUAUCCAUCCAUCCAUCUCUUUUAUCUGGCGAAUCUUAUUUCCAUAUUUUCUAGUGUCUUUUCAUUCUCCCUCCCUCUGUCUCUCUUCGCCAAAGAUGAUCUUGGGGUCUAGAUUAUUCCCCCCGGGGUCGCGGAAUUGGCGUUCAACGUGUUCUUUUUUGGGAAAUACCUAUCUGACCUCAGCUGUCACUGGUGGAAUGGGAAACUCUUUUUAUCUCCUUAUAUUUGUGCUCUUGUCUGGUUGUGGAAUGAGCAAUGUGGGUAUGUGGUCUGGCCAAGCGAAGGAAGGGCAGAGGAGGCAGACAAAGGGAAGAUCAUAUAUCUAUAUCAUCUACAUCGAUGCACCCCCUUCUUUCGUAUAUCUAUAGUAGCUAUAUCACAUUGACGAUAUUUCGUCGGUUGAAGAAUUGAAAAAUAAAAGGAGCGUGCCAGUAUGGCUUCUUGUG